ACACAAGCAUCCGCCGGACUCCGCUCCAAUACAUCCGUGGCCGCCGCCAGACAUUUCCUCUGCGCUCUGUACUCGUAAUAAUAUCGCAUGUCCUCUAUUCAGAACCUCAACUCCUUCGACCCCUUUGCUGAUGCAACUAAGGGUGACGACUUACUCCCGGCAGGGACUGAAGAUUAUAUCCAUAUAAGAAUUCAGCAACGGAACGGAAGGAAGACUCUGACAACCGUACAGGGCAUUGCAGAUGAUUACGACAAAAAGAAACUUGUAAAAGCAUUUAAGAAGAAAUUUGCCUGUAAUGGUACUGUGAUUGAACAUCCAGAAUACGGGGAAGUCAUUCAGCUUCAGGGUGACCAGAGGAAAAACAUCUGCCAAUUUCUUAUGGAAAUUGGCAUCGUGAAGGAAGAACAGCUGAAAGUCCAUGGUUUCUGAGAUGUGAAUGAUCAACCUUCCUGUGUUGCCUAGUCUGGCUACUUUGUGAAACAUGAAUCUUUGCAGCAUUAGGACUUUCAACCUCUCUAAGCGUUCCAAAUUAGGCCAUUUUUUGCAUGAUUACCAAAAGUGUGUGAAGAAUAGGUUAGUAACA